ACCUCGAUCUCGAGAUUUACACAUGAUAAUUUGAGAACAUUGAAAUAUUUGCAGAAUGUCAUCAAACAAAGCACUUCGUCUUUAUCCGGUAGCUAGUAUCGCUUCACGAAAAGCAUACAAGGAUGGGGUUCUUCCAAGAGGUGGCGUCCCGAUGGUAAAUCUCCCAUAUUUAUUCGAAAAGACACUACUAGCAGAUUGCUUUCAGCUAGAUGGAGAUAAAUUCAUCCCCUCCCGCUGGGAAGACCCAUCUCUCCGUCCAGGAGCAGCCUACAUACCUUUUGGAUGUGGCAUUCGUACAUGUCCCGCCCAGCAUCCCGCAGAAAUAGAAAUCGCAUACACAUUAGCACGUAUGGCUCAAAAAUGGAAGUAUCUGGAGUGUAGAGACGAGGUGAAAGAAUGGGUGGAAGAGUUGCGGGUUUCAACAAGUAGUCGGAAUGGUGUUAAGGUUGCUCUCAUUGCUGAGUAG